CCUAGGGGUAAAGCAGACACAUCAGCCAUGCUGCUUGACAAGGUGACUGAGAAGUUUGGUCACCCAACGCUGUCAUUAACAGGCUGGAUGAUAAAGAAAAUUCUGGAAAAUAUACAUGAGACUCUAGAGAUAAAUACAGCAAAACUUGCACAGAUCCAGCCAGACAGCGCAGUAUUGGAAGUGGGCUUUGGACCCGGUUUGGGGCUCCAGGAAGCUAUCCGUUACCUAACCAACGCUAAGGGUAAGCUGUAUGGACUCGACCACUCUGAAUAUAUGUACAGUGUGGCCAGUAAGCGACUCCGGGAGCAGAUUGCCUCUGGGAAGGCACAACUUUUUCUGGGCAGUGUGGAGAAGAUACCAUUACCAGACUCAGUUGUGGACAGAGUGUUUCAUUCCAACUGUCAUUACUACUGGCCAGAUCUCAAGAAGGGUUCUGUUGAACUUCACAGAGUGAUGAAACCAGAAGGAGUGAUGGUAACUACAUUCAAGCUGCACAGUAUCAAAAAGGAGGUUUACUUUGGGCCCCUUCGAGGUAAGAUAUGGCAGCCAGAACCCUACAUUGAUGUCCUGCAGGCCACUGGAUUCAAAGAUGUUUACAUGGAAGACAGGGAAGACAGAGGUCUCAAGUUUAAUGCCAUAUUCGCUACAGCAUCCAAAUAAGCAAUGGCCACUGAGUCAUAUUUGAGGUUUAAAAUUAAUUUUUCAGGAAUUGUUUUUCUGCUUUACUUGAGGUAGACUUUUCACAAUGCUUUCA